AAGUUCCUGGAAACCUGCUCCGUUGUUGUUGUUUAUGGAGCUCCGGACCAUCGGCUGCUCCACUCGGUGCCAGGCUCACUGAGUCCUGGUUCGGCUGCAGCGGAGCUCCGUGACGGACGGACGGACGGUUCUGAUCCAAAGAUCCAGCUUCGCGGCCCGCUUCCCCUCACCCCUCCCGCCGUGAGUGAUUCUAGGAAACAGCCGGAGCAAAGCAGCGUCCGGACCUGCAGGAGUGGACCCGGUCCCGCGAACAUGACGGCGGGUUCGUGGAGCAGGAAUCGGAGCCGUUAACGUGCGGCUGGACUCCCCGGCUCGGUAUCACAGCAGUGUCCGUGCAUGUAGACUAAAGGUGGGAUUUGUUCGAUGACCUGCCAGUCCUCAGAAUCACCCGAAGCCAUUGAGGACGACAGAGGAGCCGACGACGGCGCCGGAACCGAGGAGUCAGACGAGAGCCGCGUCGCCUCGGCCAUGAAGGAGCUAAGGAAAACAGGCUGGUACUGGGGCAGCCUCACGGCCAACGAGGCCAAGGAGAUCCUGCAGGACUCCUCGGAGGGAACCUUCCUGCUACGGGACAGCUCCCAGAGGGAUUACCUGUUCACCAUCUCCGCCAUGACGUCCGCGGGUCCCACCAACCUGCGGAUCGAAUUCAGACACGGAAAGUUCAAGCUGGACUCGGUGGUUCUGGUGAAGCCCAAGCUGAAGCAGUUCGACAACGUCGUCCACCUGGUGGAGCACUACGUCCAGCUGUCCAGAUCCAGCAGUAAGGUGGCCCCGGCGGCGGCGGCAGCGGGUCCUAACGGCACCGUGCAGCUGCUCCUCACCAAACCCGUCUACACCACGGCGCCGUCGCUGCAGCACCUCUGUCGCCUCACCAUCAACAGAACCGCUCGUCAAGUCCAGGACCUGCCCAUUCCCAACCGCCUGAAGGACUACCUGACGGACUACGCCUACAAUGUGUAGGUCUCUGAACACUUUGGCGGCACAUCGGGGAGAUCCGCCGGUUUUUACGAAAGGGAGGGGAUUUCCUCUCUCGUUGCCACGGUAACGUUCCUCUGAUUGGAAAUUCCUGAGCAAGGUUUGGUCCAGAUUGACUCAAAGGUUCUAAUCAGGAGAACUGAUGGAUGGAUCAGUUGCCGGAGCUUUAACUGAAACCCAACGGGUCAAAUGUUGGACCAGCGGAUCCAGCUUAGCCUGGAGCUCUGCAGAAAUAUUUAUUUAUGUGCUUUAAAAUGUUCCUCUGAUUCAAGAUUGUCUAAUCUUCUACCAGUGAGCUUUUUGGACUCAUUGUCCUUGUUCUGAACAAAUCAGGCUCAGGUAAAAUAAAGACGAUCUGGUAGAAACAGUCGGUGGGGGUCUCUAUCCUCGACCUGCUGGCUGUCUGCUGUAGAAUCAUCAGGAGUUCUGGUCACCAUCUCCACUUCAGAUCCAACUCCAGCCUGACCCAACCAAAACUGGGCCUCAGCAGAACCAAACAUCCCAUUGAUUUCUGUCCAGGACUUUAUUGUAGAGGUCAUGUAAAUAAGCGUCUGAAAGCUGAUUGGCCGCCAAUUCCUGAUCCUGCGUCCUUCAGUACGGGUCUGGAUCGAACCUGAACAUCCAACCUGAAGUUUUUCGUCCUUCUGAUUUCAAAUAGUUUAAGCUUUAAGUACAGAAUGAGGAUAAAAGAUGAACAACAUAAUAAAACUAAAGGAUGUAGAGAUGUUGAAGUUCUGAAAAUGAUUUGGAUCAUUUUUAUUCAACGCUUCGAUUAAAAGACCGAUCAGCUGUUUUCCUUUUGGUUUUCCUCUACAUGUCCUUAUUCGGGUCUGAAUCGUUGCUUGUUUUAGAAUUUCUCCGUUAAAUUCUUAAUUUGGACUUUUACCAUUCAGAUCUGUAAUAAAAAAACAUGAUUAAAGUUCAGGUGAUUUCUUCA